ACAGUAGUGGAGACCAUGUUGAAAAGGACCUCUAUGAAAUGGAUGUUGAAGUGGACAAUGGGAGUGAUGAUCUGCGUGGAGCUUACCAUGUCAAACUUUCAACAGUCCAAAAGGGAGUCUUAAGAACGAAUUGUAUAGACUGUUUGGAUCGCACAAAUGUUGGCCAGUAUGCAUAUGGGCUGGUCGCACUGGCCCAUCAGCUGCAUGCCUUAGGCUUUAUAGAUGUGGAGAACAUUGAUUCGCAUUCUCCUAUAGCACAUGACCUAAUGAGGAUCUACGAAGAAAUGGGAGACACUCUUGCACUACAAUAUGGUGGCUCUGCUGCACAUAACAAGAUUUUUUCAGAAAUACGAGGCCAAUGGAAAGCAACAACGACGUCUCAAGAGUUCUUCCGAUCGCUUCAGCGCUACUACAGCAAUGCCUACAUGGACCCUGAGAAACAAGAUGCCAUUAAUGUGUUCUUGGGCCAUUUCCAGCCACAAGAGGGAAAGCCAUCUCUGUGGGAACUGAAUCCAGAACAGCACUAUGAUGUUAGGAUGCACGGAUCAAGUCUAACCGCAGAAAGUUCUAGGUCAUUUAUUAAAAGGUCGCUAUCAGAAGGAAACAUAAGCUGUGGAAGCAGCUCUCAUGGUAAAGACACCGACAUAGAUCAGACUGAAGACACUCACCAGCCUUUGACUGUCUGUGGCAAAGGUGGUUGUAAGGGUAUUUCAGAGUCCACACCAGAAAUAUCUACACGUGACACUGAUAUUUCGUUUACCAGGUACACCCCCUCAAUGUCUGGUGGACAGCUUUUCCAUGAUAUGCAGUUAGAGCAGUGUCUCGGAAGUGGCAGCGUUAAAUUUCAUGAGUGUGCAGAUUUGUUUGAUACCUCAAAUUUUCUUGAUGUUGAUUGGCUUUCUUCGUCGGGAAAUUCAUGUGAAGAAGAAACAUAUGAGAGAUCUUCAAUCAUAAGUUCUCCAUCUCGGGGCCUGUCAGCAGAUAGUGUGACAAAUGAACUUAAAGCAGAAACAAACUUCUCAGCUUAUGAUUCUGGGGCAAGCUUGAAGACGGAGCAGACUACCGGAGAUAUCAAUUUUGAUGCCAAACAAAGUAAGGAGACCCACCGGCAAUUCUCUGAGAAGUUUGUGCAUUGGGUUAACGAUGGACAUAUGUUUUUCCCUUGAAGUUCGGUUCUGGUCUCUUUUAAGUUAUACUAUUUUGGACAGUUACAUUCAACAGACCCGUCCAAAGGAUGUGGAUUACAUACAGGAAAUAGACGACAGGUGACCAAAAAUAUUACAUAAGAAAGAUUAGCCUACAGAAAGUUUUUGAGGCUGUAAAAUUCCAGAACCUUAGAAAAUGAUAUUUUGGAAAUAUAGAUUGACCAUAGAAACGGAAAAUUGUUUUGGUUGGUUUUAGUUAUCUUUGCCCAGAAGGGUAGCUUAUAAAGGUUUCAGUAUGUACAUUAUGUACUGUAAGAAGUGGGAUUUCCAUUAUUCGUUUUCACAGGUAAGACGUUCUUCGCCA